AUCUUUACGACAAAGUUCCAAAUUUCUUCAUUAGAAAAGACAGAGAUCGAAACCGCCGGCCCUAAUCUAUGCGCAAAAAAUCCCCAAAAAAUGAUAAUUCCUAUGUUCGAAUUAACAAAUCCGCACUUCAACUACAAAUUUAAUCUGCUCAACGAAAAACGAUCACUCAAACCCUAAAUUCAAAUUCCAAUUAGAACUAAUUAAGGUUUCAGAGGAAUGGAAUCGAGGAUUAGCAGAGAGAAUACCAGAGAAAUGGCGAAAUUAGGGCACAUAAUCGUGCAAAAGAGACUCGCAAAUUCUCGGCCCAAGGCUCAGCAGCAGGCGCCCGAUUUGACUGAUUUUAUGAACGAUAUGUUCUUCGGAAGCGUAAAUAAGGAGAAGAAGGCCUAUAAUUUGACCGGUGAUGAAAAUGAAGAAGAAGAUGAAGAAGAACAAGAAGAUUCGUUUGAUCGGAGUAAUAGAAGUAGAAAUAGCCUAUUGACGGAGGAGUGGCUGGAUGAGGCGCGGCGGUUGGUGGCUUCUUCUCCUUCGCGGCCUAAUUCGCCGGCUCGGUUCGUCGGAUCGCCGAGGUUUGCAGCGGCCAACGGCAGAUCGUCGGCUUUGAUCAAUGAUCGGAGAGAUCCACUCUCAAGGUCCGCUAGAAGGCACAGAGCUGUGGACAAUUUCAGCGGUGAAAUCCUCUCUAAAGUUGUUCGCCAUAGCCGCAACAAAUCAGAAUCCUUCUCAGUCUCCUCCGCCGCCGUGGAGGAGCCGAUAAAUCCCUCUUCCGCCGUUCAAAAAUGGAUAUCCAACGUCCUCAAACCCUCCAAUCCCACACUCUCCGAUCCUCCUCCCACUACUCGCAAAUCUCGGUUCCACACCGACCUUCCCCCUUCUCGCCUCCCGAUUCCUCCGCCGGAUGUCCUUCUUUCUCCGCCCAAGACCCUAACGAAUCCGCCGCCGAGAAGAACGGUCUCGUCGUCGGCCUGUUCGAUUCAAUCGAUUAGACCUAAAUCCAAUCUAAAUGAGUUCUCGAGGGACGAUUCUGAAGAUCUGGAGUUUGGCCUUAAUGGGUUCCUUAAAGAGCAGCGUAGCAAAAUUCAGCAAAUCUCGGAUGGGCAGCUUGAUGUUGAAGUUAAAAUCAUUCUAUCCGGACCUUCAAACAGCACUAGUUCAAUGGUAGCGGCAGUGUGCUAUGCUUGGCUACUAGAGAACAAGAUGAAGCAGAGUAAUGCAGAGAGCGGCCGAGAGUGUCUUGUGGUGCCUGUGAUGAAUAUGCAGAGGGGAAAUAUGUGGAACCAACGGCAGGUUGCUUGGCUCUUUUAUCACCUUGGACUUGAUGCUUCCUCGAUUCUUUUCACUGAUGAGGUGGACUUAGAAAGUCUGAUGGUGACUGGUCGAACUAGUGUCCUCGUCGUAGGGCAAGAUGUCCUUAAGAUGAGUGAUGGGGUUGGAUCUCAGUGCACCAUUCUUACUGAUAACUAUUGUGAGGAUGCCUAUCAUUUGCUUCAAACUCCUUUGUUGAAGAAUCUCAUGCUCGCAGGAAUUCUGUUGGACACAAAAAAUCUUGAUGGGUCAGCUCAAUUAUCGAUGACGAGAGAUGCCGAGGCUGUCCAGUUGCUAUCGGUUGGCUCGGCACCAAAUUGUAGGAACGGACUUUAUGAUCAGUUGAUGCGAGUUCAAAAGGAGCGUCCAUUUUUGGAUGCCUUGCAACAAAGUUAUGGAAAGCCUCCUGAUGACGGUAGCAACGAUGGCGCGGGGCAUGUAGAGCGUAUUAUGGAGAGGAAUCGAACAUCCAUCUCACCCCAUGAUGACACAAUUAACCAACAAAAGAAACCUAAUGAUUUUGGAACUGCCAAAACUUGCAGGGCUUCGCCGAAAUCCGCUAAACCGAGUUUGUUACCUAUUCAAACACCGGCUAGAGAAACACCCAACAUAUCUCGUGGAAAGAAUAAAAACUUCCUGGCAAAAUGGUUCGGUUUUGGGUCGAAAUGAGAUAAGAUCUUUCUUGAGCAGUUGAUGUUGAUCUGAGUUUUGCCUGUUACUUUUCUUUGUAGUGCAUUAGGUAUUGUAGUAAAGUAAAACAGUAGCUUUGAGUCUUUUUUUAUGAUACUUUUGAACAGAAGAUUCAUUUAUGUUGCGGUGUUUGUAGUCUGCGAUUGGUAUUACAAAUGGUGCUUCUGUAAAAAGUUUGUAUAAUUGAUAUCAAAUAGACUGUACCACUCGUAUUACAUUGGAAAUUCAUGUGUUCGUUGCUA